GACUAGUGUAUUAUAUUAUAUUCAAAGAAUGUCAUUAUCAUAGCAGAAUGAAGAAAAUAUUACCAGAAAAUAGUUCACCUUCGAAAGCAUCGUCCACUCUAGAGGAACUUCGUCAAUAUAACAGCUUUCUACAAGCUGAACAUGAAUUUCUUGAGUAUGAGGUGAACAACAACUCGGAAAUGUUUUCACAACUAACCUCACGACGACGAAAUGUAAUUUUUGAAGAGUACCAGCACCUCAAGUUGUAUUUGGAAGCGUUGCAAUUAGGUGAUACAAAUAUCUGUCUUUCCAUUGAAGAGGAGCUACUACGAAAACAUAUGAACGAAAAGAGAAAAGCCUCAGAGCUGGAAAGUUUACUUCACAGUGUUCGUGCUGAGGUUCACAGUAUUUUAGCACAUAGUGCUUCCAAAUAGUAAAGAGUUACAUGCAAACACACACACACACAAAACUAUGUCACUCUUUGUAAUAUGACGUGCUUCAUGUACUUGAGGAAGAUGCAUAAUUUUCCUUUUUCAA